AUGGCGACGCCAAGAGAGCACAUUGAGGAGCUUCGGAGGAGGACGUUCUCCAUUGGGUCAGAGGAGAAAAAUCCUCUUGCUUUUAUGCUUGAUAAAGUGGUCAAAUACCUCUCUGCUGAACUCUAUGCUAAGGAUAAUGCGGAAGAUAAUGUGUACUCCAACGAGGUGGAUCCUUCACUGGAGUUCAUCAUAACGUCCCGGGACAUAACUGGAACUGGUGCACCGACAACACUACUGCUUUUCAAUAAUGAGAAGGGGUUUUCUCCCAGGAAUAUCGAAUCCCUAUGCUCUGUUGGAAAUUCCACAAAGAAGGGCAAAAGAAAACGCGAUUUACGGGCCUAUUUCACCCUCCCCACUACCACAUUGGUCUUGCCUCUUAAACCAGACAAGGUGAAAGCGGUGAAGGAACAGCUCUCCAGUGUGCAUCCUGAAGUCUUGUUGUUCCUUUCCAAGAUAAAGCACUUUUCAGUGAGGGAAGAUCCCAACCUCAAUACUGUUUUAACCAUUUCAAUUACUAAAGAGGUUGACUUAGUUUGGAGAAAGAGUAUCGACGCCAUGUCCUACACCCUCCACCUGUCUGCCGAGAGCAACAAUGGUAAAGGCAAUGGUGAAUGCAACUACUAUGUGUGGAAGCAGAGGUUUCCAGUGAACUUGGAAAACCGAGUUGAAAGUAGAAUCGACUUGGAAGAACUGGUAGUGACUUUAGCUUUCCCAAAUGGAGAACGUCUUCACAAAGGUGGAGGAAAGCAUUCACCUGGCAUCUAUGCAUUUCUUCCCACGGAAAUGAUCACCAACUUUCCCUUCAUAAUUCAAGCUGAUUUUAUCCUGUCAUCAUCCAGGGAAGUCGUGCUGCUUGAUAGCAAAUGGAAUCAAGAGAUUCUCGGGUGUGUCCCCACAACAUUUGUUAAUGCAUUAGUUGCUGUGAUCAAAAGCGACCAAGGUGUUCCAGUUGCUACUUUGCGUCAAAUGUUUUGGUUUCUGCCAAUCGAGGCUUCUUCAUACCCACUCCUGAAUGUUGUGAGGGCAUCAAUUCAGAUGAAGUUAUCUAAAGAAAGCAUUUUGCCAAGUGAAUCCCAUAAGGAUCAGAAGUUCUUUCACAAGCCCUGUGAAGUCGCUCGCCUUUUGCCUGCUUUAUGGGAUAUCCUGGAGAAAGCCAGGGAUGGAAAUGUCAACCUUCAUAAUCUAUCAUCACAUGGCUGCUAUAUCCUUGCUUCUUUGUUUGAUAUCGACGAGUAUAAUGCGGUUCUCGGUUUCCUGGGCGUGAGAUUUGUGGCACAUGAAUGGUAUGCAAAGUGUAUCCAGAGCUCUAAUCUCUUGAAGGGAAUCUCAGAUGAAUUGUAUGUAGAGCUUCUCCAUUUCUUCGCUGAGAACUGGGCAACAAAAUUAUGGAACACAAACUUGAGAGGUGUACCUUUACUGAGACAUGUUGGUGCUCAUGGGAAUGUGUUGACAGGACCACUCACCAAGCAGAAUGCACUGUGGUUGUUGGAUUGGAUUGAUGAUCUCAAAUCCAAAAGAAUACAGAUACCAGAGAAGUUCUUAACUUCCAUAAGAAAAGGUAGCUGGUUGAAGGUUACUAUGAACGGGUCUUCUGAUUAUAAGCCACCAUCUCAGUCAUUUUUGCUUUCUUUGAAGAGGACGAAAAACUCAGAAUGGGGAAGCAUUUUGCAAGAUGGAUCUGUGGCAGUUGAUAUCCCUUUGGUGGAUUUGAGUUUUUAUGGUGAAGAUACUAUUAUUGCUCACAAGGUGGCACUCAAAGAAAUUGGUGUCAUGUUUGAAUACGAGGAAGCUUGGGCUUUGGGCUGUUGCAGAGCAAUCUGUGAACUUCCCUUCAUCAGUGAUAGUUAUUAUGGACAGGAGAUCCAUUCCUUUGAAAACGAACUCAGUUGUCUUGGUGUGAGAGUUUGCUUCACUGUUAGUCACGAUCUUAUUGUCCAACACUUGAAACCCAGUGCUUGCUUGUCUGAUGAUUUGACAAAAGAAGCGCUUUUCCUGAUUUUGGAAUGCAUGCGUAAUUCAAAAUCUGCUGCUUCUAAAGUUAUCACGACACUACAACAAGCUAGAUGUUUGAAGACGAGUUGGGGUUACAGGUCUCCUGGCGAAUGUUUCCUAUUUGACCCUGAAUGGAGCUGCCUUCUGAAGGUUUUUUGGGGUUCUUCUCCGAUCAUUGAUGGUGGUUUCUAUGGUGAUGAAAUUAGCACCUUCAAGGAAGAGCUAAUACAAAUAGGAGUGAAGAUAGAUUUCAAGGAUGCGAUCGAAGCUUUCGUCGCCACUUUUAAGCAGCAGCAGCAACAACAUGCAUCAAUGUCAAAGAUUACAAAGGAACAAGUGCUAUCAUUUCUGUCAUGCUUCAGACAUUUGAAAGCAAUGAAGAAACCUCUCUUUGAUAUCAUAACCUGCACCCGCUCUCAGAAGUGGCUUCGAACGAGGCUUGGUGAUUUUAGAUCUCCAGCAGAAUGCAUUCUUUUUGGGCGUGAGUGGGAAUCACUCCUUGCAAUUAUUUGCCUUCCUUUCCUUGACGAUGGUGAUAAUAUUGGCUACGGAAAGGGCAUUCAUGAGUAUGCAUGUGAGCUCCAGCAGUUGGGGAUGAUUGCCAGUUUGAAAGGAGUCCAAAGGAUUGCUGCUUGUUUGAUUCCAGUUGGGGGGGACAUGGCUCUUCAGCAGACUGAUGGACCUUUCAUUGAUGAAUCCUUUUUCGGUCCCGAAAUUGCAUCCUAUAAGAAAGAGCUGGGUGAGAUAGGAGUUUGUCUCGAUCCAGGAGAGGUAUGCAAGCUACUUGCCAAUGAGCUUGAGAAUCACUCUAAAUUAACCACCAUAGUCCGGAUAUAUGAUUUCUUGAGAGAGCAGAAGUGGAAGCCUCAUCAGGAGAAUGAUGCAUCGACGAGGUGCAAGAUCUGGUUUCCUGACCAUGGCUGGGUAAAUUAUGAAGAAUGCAUCCUGCACGAUAAAGAUGGUCUCUUUGGCUCCCAAUUAUACGUUCUGGAGAAACACUACAACAACAAAUUAUUGGGUUUCUUCAAGGAAGCAUUUGGUGUUAGAGCUAAUCCAUCUCUGACUAAUUACUGCAAUCUUUGGAAGAGAUGGGGAAACAGAUCAAGUCACAGUUUGACUCAUUCAGAGUGUUGUGCAUUCUGGAGUUCUGUUGUUAUUAUGAGCCACCACAAGAGCGAUAAGAGGAAAGAAGAAGUCCUUGCUGGAGAGCUCUCGAAGCUCCCAGUGGUUUCCCCGGUCGCCAUGGGAGGACAAAUACUGAUGUCGGACAAGCGAGAUGUUUUCAUUGCGGACGACCUUCAAUUGAAGGACCUCUUCUCGGAGUAUCUGAUUUUCGCCUGGUAUCCUGAACCGAGCUUGCCUGAUUUGCCUCGGACUAAGUUGCUGGAAGCUUACAGGGCAAUAGGAGCUCGCCGAAUUUCUGAGUCUGUGCAGAAGAAAGAAGAAAACUCAGACACCAAAAGUCAGACUUGUUCAGGAAAGAAAAGGAAAACAAAGAGUCGAGAACUCAGACAGUUGAAACCAGAGGAUGUUUUCAUAGGGAAAGAGCUAGUGAAGAUCAUACUCGCUUUUCUAGCUGAUCCAUCUCUCGACAAGGAAGCAAAGGAGAGGCACGAGAAAGUGAAGGCCCUCCUUAAUGUUACGGUCUUGGAGACGGUGGAGCCUCUGAGUGUAAGCUACAAUUUGACUCUAUCUUCAGGGGAAGUAUUGAGAAAGGUGAAAGCCACAGAAAUGGUUCGCUGGGACAAGGACGAUGACAAGUUGUACCGGAGAAGAAAACUGGUAGCAGCAGCAGGAGCAAGAGGAGUCUGA